UUCCUGCACCUGUGUGUGGGGAAGACGCCGGUUCCGGGCCGGCCUUGAGAAAGUUAGACCAAUUAGAGGAGCUGUAGGACGGCCGGGGCGGCAGUGUUUUGCCGGUCCCGACGACCAUGGCGGUGUUUCACGACGAGGUGGAGAUCGAGGACUUCCAAUAUGACGAGGACUCCGAAACGUAUUUCUACCCCUGCCCGUGUGGGGAUAACUUUUCCAUCACCAAGGAAGAUUUGGAGAAUGGGGAAGACGUGGCAACCUGUCCUAGCUGCUCUCUCAUUAUAAAAGUGAUUUAUGACAAAGAUCAAUUUAUGUGUGGAGAAACAGUCCCAGCCCCUUCAACCAACAAAGAAUUAGUAAAAUGCUGAAGAAGCCUUCAGGAAUCCACAUCCUGAACAGUUAAGAAUGAGCCCAGAUGGAAAUAUCAAAUGCAGAGAAACUGAUUUUUUUCAAGGGGACAGCUGUUUCGUGGAUGGCCAUUCUGUUUUCAUGUGUAUCUUUUCACCAACUGCUGAGUUCAUCUUCAAAUAGAGAAGUGAGCCCCAGACAUGUCAUACCCAGAUUUCAUGUUUAGAACAUUGAAUUGGAAGCAUUCUUAAUUAUCCACCUGAAUUUAAAGGAAGAUCAUUUUAAAUCAGUGCUUUCUUUCCCUUAGUUAUCAUUUUUAUACCUUAAACCUAAUUCUGUAUCUGAUAACAGCAUCAUCUACCUCAGUCAUUAGGAUUUCUUAGUUAAAAUGAGAUUAUAUUUUUAAUUAGUUUCUAAGAUGGUUAAAAUUAGCCCUUUCUUUGAAAUUUGAAUCAGCUUUAUUAUUCUAACUUAAAGAAAAUCCGUUGCUUCAUCAGUACUGCACUUCAGAUUCCCUCACCAAGCCAGUCUCUCCAAUCUUGCCAUUAUUAGAAUGUUCAUGUUCUGUUUAGCAUGUCAUGUGUGUUACACUUCAUGCACAGAGUUCUAGUAAGAGAAAAGAUGGGCUACAGUUUCUCCAUCACUACAAGUUAGUGAAUAAGGAAGAAAAGUCUAAAGUGAAAUGGUCAAAGAGGCGAUUCCUUAUGUUCCUUAAAAAUCAUGACAAGAUUUAAAAAAAAAAAAGGAAGCAAAGUUGUUAAUGAGAGGAGUUAAACGUGCCAAGUUAGUAAAUGAAUGCUUUGAUUAUUUUACCGAUCAGAGCAAAUAUUUUUGUAUCUGUAUUUUUGUUUAUUUUCUGAUAAAGCUAAUGAAAUUGUAGUUCAUAGAGGGGUUAAGGCCAAGUCUCUGUGACUGGUGCCAGUGCUUUUAGCCUAUCACAGUAUUGUGUCACUUCUAAAAAGUAAAGCAUCUACAAUGGAGAAUGAACUUGAAAACGGGAGGCCUGUUCUGAGUAAAUACAUCCAUAUGGACACAUCUAAUAAGCCUCUAUAGCAUGCAACCAAACCAAACAUUCACUUCUACAGAGAAGUGUUGCCAUGGAGAAGAGAAAUAUAUGAAAAUAGACUAUUGGUCUUCCUUUGCUAGAGUGCUGAGAGUAGUAAGAAAUUAGAAUCAUGAGAAAAUUGGAAAAUUUCCAUUGUAAACACAACUUUGCUGCAUAUAUGAAAAUGCACUGAUAACUGGCAAGUUGUUUUGGGUGACUCCUGUAAUUAGAAAAGCAUACUAGAGUAUCACUGUUCUACACUGAUUGAUAAAUGAACUGCACACUCCUUGGAAGUUAAAACAAGUGGACUUUUUUUUUUUAAUCUUGCAGCAGCAUGGCUAUAUGCAGGCAUUAGGUUGAGACAUAAUAAAUCAAAAUUGUAUGCUUGACGUAAUUGGUACAUUAUAUGCUGUAUUUGUGAUACAGUGAGAAAUCUCAUUGAUUCUUUGGAACACUAUCAGCCCAGAAAUAAUCCACACUCUUUGAAAAGCAAAGUGACUGCUCAGAUGAACAGAGCAGGGUACAGGUUGAUUCUGGUGGCAGCGACCUGCAAAGAGAAAUGAACUGUCCCGUGCUCAUCAUAGGUGGUGCUAACAUAAACUUUCUCUCCUGCCCAUGAACAGACAACCUUCAUGUAGGUCUACUGUGAGCAUAAAACAGGAAGAAAAGUUGCCCAAGUUCAAACAUCCCAGGAGAAAAGAAAUAUAAACAGCUUUGGCAGUCAGUGAUUGUUGAUAUACUGCAAUAAUAGAAUGAUUUUGUUUUAAAGCAACUGUGUUAAGUUUGAGAAAGAACAUACCAAGAAUUAAUCCUAUAGUAAGCAGAAAGUAAAACCAAGGUUUUUCAGGUGUGACUGGAGUUCUGAGUGAUGCUUGUGCCUUAUUUAGCCCCACAAACAUUUGUGGAGCACCUCUGUGAACUGAUUUAACCCAGUCUCUGCUUAGCUCUGGAGUCUGAGGCCAGCCAGGCCAGUGGAUCCCUCACCUAUAUGGGUAUAGGAGAUGGGGUCAGAAGGUUUUCAACUGUCAGUUCUCAUUUCAGGUGUGGGAGCUUACUGGAAUGGAAUGGGUAAUUAAAACCUUUAUAAACUCGAAACUGUCUGAAUCAUGAAUUACAGGAAAUGGGAACUCCAGUUUUCAUCAGUGACUUGAUGUUACCACACUUCUGAGUUUGAAAAUUAAGUUGGCUGUUUAAAGGAUUCUGCUUAUAUUUUAUACAUUCAGAAGCAUUUUUCUUAGCACCAAACUUUUUUUUAACUGUACAUAUUAAUUUAUUACCAGGAUAAAUUGUAUUGGCAUGCUAAAUAAAAUCUGAUAAUUUCA